UUUCAGAUUUGUAGUUUGGCCAUCACGUCCAGAUCUGCUGGAAUUAAUUAUAUCGUAAAUUAAUAUGUCGGUAUCUGAUUCUGAAACAUCCUCUCAUGGAGGAGAUCAUAAAAUGUUUCGUCAAGUCACCCGUGAUCGGUUGCUGUAUGAAAUGAUCAAAAAAUCAUCCUCAACAAAGGGGGGUUGGAAGGUACUUAUCAUGGACAAAGUUACUAUAAAAGUUAUGUCUUCUUCAUGUAAAAUGGCAGACAUAACAGAUCAAGGAGUUUCAUUGGUGGAACAGCUUCAUAAAGGAAGGGAGACAAUGGCUGGUAUGGAUGCCAUAUAUUACAUUCAACCAUCCAAAGAAAACCUUAUCAUGUUCAUAUCUGACAUGUCAGGGAGAGAGCCUUUGUAUAAGAAAGCAUUUGUUUUUUUUAGUUCUCCUAUUCCAAAGGAUUUUGUUAGUAGAAUCAAGGCUGAUUCAAGUGUCGUACCACGCAUAGGUGCAUUGCGAGAGAUGAACUUGGAGUACUUUCCGAUAGACAAUCAGGCAUUUGUAACUGAUCAAGGAGGAGCUUUAGAAGAGCUAUAUGGUGAGGAUGUUGAGAAUACUCGCGAAUUUGAUAUUUGCUUAAAUACAAUGGCAACUCGCAUUGCCACUGUUUUUGCUUCACUCAAGGAGCUUCCCAUUGUACGGUAUCGUGUUAAGGGCAAACAGGGCUCUACGUUCCGUGAUUUACUCCCUAAAAAGCUAGCUAAAGCUAUCUGGGACCUCAUUACUCCAUUAAAAGCUUCUAUUCCUCAGUUUCCACAAAGCGAAACAUGCGAGUUGCUCAUUCUGGAUAGAUCUGUUGAUCUGGUUGCACCCAUCAUCCAUGAAUGGACUUAUGAUGCAAUGUGCCAUGAUUUAGUAGAUUUGGAUGGAAACAAAUAUGUGAUGGAGGUUCCUAGUAAAUCUGGUGGCCCGCCUGAGAAAAAGGAGUUUCUUUUGGAAGAUCAUGAUCCAGUUUGGCUUGAAAUGCGCCAUUUGCAUAUAGCUGAUGCUAGUGAAAGAUUGAGUGAUAAAAUGGACAAUUUGAUGUCAAAAAAUAAAGCUGCACAACUACAACAGAAAGAUAGUAGUGAACUAUCUACCAGAGACAUACAGAAAAUGGUUCAGGCGUUGCCCGAAUAUAACCAACAAAUGGAAAAACUUUCACUCCAUGUAGAGAUUGCUGGAAAAAUUAAUAAAGUCAUAAGUGAGGAAGGCCUUAGAGAUCUUGGUCAAAUAGAACAGGAUCUUGUCUUUGGUGAUGCCGGCAACAAAGAACUCAUUACUUUUUUAGAGGAAUAUGAGGGCGAAAGUGUUGAAAAUAAGUUGAGGUUGAUGAUGAUAUAUGCAUUAGCUGAUCCUGAAAAGUUCGAGGGUGAAAAGGGAGCCAAACUUAUGGAGUUGGCGAACUUGUCACCUGAUACUAUUAGGAUAAUAGAAAACAUGAGACUGCUCGAGGGUCCCACCAGAAAAGCAAAACCAGAAAAAAGUGGGGGAUUCCUCAACUUUGACAGGAAGGCGAAAACUGCACUUAGAAAGGAUAGAAAAGGAGAAGAAGAAACAUGGGCACUCUUCCGAUUUUUUCCUGUGCUAGAGGAAUUGCUUGAAAAGAUUGAAAAACAUGAACUGCCGAAGGACGAGUUUGAAAGCAUAAAUGAACCAGGUCCAGGCACUCGAGGGGUGGUUCCAGGGAAGGCUGCCCAAUCAUCAAGGAGAUCAAGGAGGCCGCAGGGAAAAUUUGCAUCUGAUGAUGGAACUUCAAGUGACUCGGUGCUAAAAAAUGCUGCUAACGAUUUAAAACACAUGGGGCAGCGAAUUUUUGUUUUUAUUAUUGGUGGUGCCACCAGAUCCGAGCUGCGGGUUUGUCACAAGCUUACUUCUAAAUUGAGAAGGGAGGUCAUACUGGGCUCAACUUGUAUAGACGAUCCACCACAAUACAUCACAAAAGUGAAGAUGCUUUGUUUAAAAGAAUUUGGUGGCUGGUAAGUGAAUAAGUGAUAACCAGAUACAGCUUAUCGCAUUUAACCAUUCAUGGUAGCUGCAGAUCAUUGUUGUUAGUCCUGUAGCUGGUCAAAUUUGCACAUUUCAUACAAUGCAUGAUCGACAACUCUGCAGACAAGUAGUAAUCACGUAGUGUUGAUAAUGAACCGUCAAAACUCAAUGGGUGUUUGUUCAGUAAAGAAUUCUAGCUUUCAAAAUCAUGAGUCCUGGACAUUUACCUUUGCAGAGGAAUAACUUCAUCAUUUUCAUGGGAGUAAAUAUUAACUCCAAACUUAACGGGCCUAGACUAGUUUGGUUUGUCACGGUAUCCCUUUGUCCAUAUCCAUUUUUGGGUAAAAUGCUUGUCAAUGAUUUUCUAUUUUUUCUCAAAGUGUUGAUGUAGUUCAAUUCAAGUGUAUU